CUUUAACAAAAGACCUAGGGAUAGGUCCUAGGAACUGCAAGGAACACAGGAUACCUAGAAGACCUGGAGAAGAUCAUGGGUCGACAGUGAUCCCUGGACAGAAAAGUGAUCAUUGAGAACUGUUAUUUAGAGCAACAUGAAUACCAUGACGUUCGUUAUCCGGAUCUUGAUGAUCCUGACAAUCUCCGCCUUUGCCCGCGGAGAUUUCCUCAUGGGCGGUCAUUUGGAUAACAAAGACUCAAGCAGUGUCACAAAGACGAACAAUGAGAAUGGAGUUCUCUCAGGAAUAGCUGACCUGGAUCUUGAUCUUACUGCCGAAGAAAGCGCAGCUAGCCCAACGGCCUUGAUCCCCGAUGGAUUGCCAAGAUACAGGAUACCCGGUUUGUUCGCCUUCAACGGCGGCAAGCCAUUUUCCUUGGAAAAGGAUCCGAUAACUGGAAAAAUUGAUUUCGAGAAGGCACCGCCAUUGAAGGCACUGAAUUAUACAGAGUACGAGGGUGAGGAAGAGGAGGAUGCUGAAUUGGAUGCUAAUGAGGACAACAUAUCUAAGAAUAACGAUAAUUUGUAUAAGAAGAAUAUUGACAGGAAAGAUAACCCCAAUACCAGACCUAAUGAGAUCAAUCCGUAUUCACCGAGUUUUCAUGAUUUUCUUAAUUUACCUGUUCACUAUACAUCGGAUAAGUACAGCAAAGAGAAAUAUCCACUGAUAUCUAGUUCCUAUGCUAAUACCAAGGUUCAAAGUGGACUCAAGAGCUAUAAUACAUAUAAUCAUAGAACUUAUCCAGAACCUACGAAAAAGCCAGCAUUGUAUUUCACAACUCAUGCUACUUAUUUGCCCAAGACUACUACGACGAAGCAGCCACCAACUAUGAGUUCAAGUACAGAGACGACUACUGUGAAAAGUACUAGUGCUCCUACUAGUACUCAUACUAGACCUACUACCACGACUGUUAGUACAACAACUACGACAACUACGACUACUACUACACCACCGCCUACGACUACCGUGUCGACAACGAGAACGACAAAACCAACGACAACAGUUCCACCUAGAGUAACAACUUGGAAACCAUCGACGACUAUUCGAGUUACCGACGAAGAAUCGCAUGACUAUGAAGAUGAGAUACUUCCUUUUAAACCUAUGCCUGAUUAUGGUAAGAAGCCUUCGAGUGCUUCUCAGGGUAGCCAGUCUAUUCCAAAACCACAAUUUGGUGGUUCAUUCUUCAUGGGGGAUGAAUACGAUGAUGGUUAUGACUAUGACAUUUCUGAAGAGGGAAAUCAAGAUUAUACACAUACUAAGGAUAAGAUGAAUCCUCCAUCACAGACUAGUCCUUCCGUGACGACGUUCUUGUCCAGCAGUACAUUCCCUACGACAUCUACUACAACUUCAACGACUUCAGCACCAUCUACGACAAUUACCUCUACUACAUUCCAGAGUUUAUCCGCGACUCCUGGGGUUAGUACACCUGUUAUGGAUGAACCUACAAGAAGAAACGAUACGACAGAUGUUAAGGAUGAUAUAGAGGAGGAAAAAGAAGUUCCUCUGAAAAAACCUGUGAUGGAAGUCAUGGGACAGAUUCCAGUGACGUCACUCCCGUUGGGAGUCAAUCAUCCGCCUAAACCAAUUUAUGAGAAUUCUAAGGGUAGGCCCUACGUAUCUUUUGGAAACGCGAAGCCGAUGGAAGAUUCUGUUCCGAAUCUGGAUCAAGGCUUGUCUUAUCAGAAUGGAUUACAUCGACGUCCUGUUGAAAGUGCCAGUAAUGUUAUAGUACCGCCAGAUCAGGAUACUGUGUCCUUUGUUCUUGGAAACAAGCAAAAUGUCGAUGGCGGGCAUUAUAUUGGUACUGCCAUUCGUGAGAAUCCUUAUGGUACUAAGAAUGAAGCUCCUUUCCGUCCGAUAUUCUCAGGAGUAGCACAAGUAAAUCGACCAGGUCAGGGAAAUCGACAAACUGUAUUCAUGCAAAAUCCACCUGUUGCUCUGCCAUCUGUAGCCAGCAGUGAAUCGAAACCUCCUGCUGUACCUUCUCAACAAUGGCAGACUCCUCCGGAAGCAACCCAGAAAUUGUCAAUUGUUAAUGAAAUCGAGCCAUCGAAUCCAGGUCAAGGAACUCUAUCGUCAUUUUCUGGUAUAAGAGUUCCAUCACAGGAACAACAAGCACCUUUAGAUAAUUCGUGGAACGUCCCUGAUAAUACAGUUUUUUAUGAUAAAUUACAAGAAACGCAACAGAAACAGCAGCAGCACUUACAGCAACAGCAACAACACUUACAACAGCAACAGCAACAGCAACAGCAACACUUACAGCAAAAGCAGCAGCAGGACUUACAGCAGCAGCACUUGCAACAACAGCAACAACAGCAGUACCAACAGCAACAACAAAAACAACAGUACGAACAACAGCAGUACCAACAGCAACAACAGCAGUACUUACAGCAACAACAAUUGUUAAAUGAAUCUGAGAACACCGAACAAAAUAAAGAAAAUCAGGAAGUUGAAAAUGAAGAAUAUGACACUAAACGCGUCGGUGUAAACAGUGGAUAUGUCGUAUUCCCAGGAAAGACCCAAGAUGGUCCCGUCGAGGAACACGUAAUAAUAAUAAAUGAAUCAGACGGUUCGGUUCAGGAAUUACCACCAACCAUGAAGGGCACAUUAUCAACUCCAGCUGCAGCAUCAAACGGUUUACCACAAUUGUCUGAAAGCCUAACACCACCUGAAGUACCUAAACCAGGUAGCUCCUUCGAGCCACCAAGAGGAAGACCACCAUAUUACUCGGCUAUAAGACAGAGAAUACCACCACACUCUAAACCCAGCACAUCGGACUCCUUCAAAAGACCAUUGCCAUACGAUCCUAACCUGCCAAAUAUUCUACCUCAAUUCCGACCCAACGCUAAAACUUCCCAUGGACAUCGCGGAGCAGAAUUGAUCGGUACGAUUCCAGCCAGACCACCUUAUGGUCCACCAUCUCGUCCUAGACAGCCUUUGCUGUCCAGGACACCUCCGCCACCAGCUCCACCCCCACCGCCGCCUUAUCUCCAGAGGCUCAGUCCACCACCGCCACCAAUUCAUGCACUAAGACUAUCAUCGUCCUCACCCUCUACCGUGAUAGACAGAGAAGGUUCCUCUGAGCAAGACGUACCUUUCAAAAGGUUCCGCGUGCCACCUGCCAACCUGGGUCAAAGUGAUCGGUUUCAGGACAGUCGUAUCGUCGGGCAGAAGCUACGACUUGAAGGUCAGCAAACAGGUGAAAGAUUUUCCGCUGAACCCCCGCUAAUUCCACCUAGACCAAUUAUGACCAACCGAAGAUCGGAUGUUCCCAGAAUCGCUACUUUACAGAUGAUCCAGCAACGAGGCGGUUUGGAGGAAAGAAUCGUUCGACCUAAUAUGCCACCACCGUUUAAGGUCAAUUUCGACACUGAUAAAGGUGAUAAGGAAGAUGAUGAAAUAGAAAGUGAAUUAGGGCCUGACAAUGAGACGAAUGGCGACGUAAGCUCUACUGAAGAGGAUACGGAUCAUAGAAGACCAGUCUACGUAGUGUAUCCAGUAAAUUCUGCUGUUAAUAUACAAAAUGAUGAUUCUCAAGAUAAGGAUGAAAGUGUCGUAGUAGGUACCAGAGGUCCUAAUCGUCCUCUGCCCCCAGAUACUUUACCAGUAGCUGAAGAGGAUUCAGAUGAUGAUCAUAACACAGAUUACGCUCCUGUUUUACCACCUAGAAGACACUACCCUGGACCAGCAAUAGCAUCAGAUUUUCCAUAUCCUCUAGAACGUCCUGAUCCAUCUUUCUUAAACGUGAGAGAAACGCCGCUUCUCGUACCGUCAAAGGAUCCUAAAACUUCUACCAAGGAGCCUGCAGAGUCUAGUUCAGAGAUUAAGGACGACGACCGUGACACCAGUGUUAACGUGAUCCCAUAUUUACAAGAUUACGUUCCUUUCUCAGCAAAGAAGAGUGAUUCGGUCAUUUCAGCUACGCUUCACAGAUCUCCAGUGUCCACUAUGGUAACACCAAUUGCCUACGCUUACACACCCACGAUAAAAGCAUCUCCGUAUCCAACUUCGGAGAUUCAUGUCGAAGACAAAGAUAUGGAUAAGAAAGCUGUGCUACCAUCCCAACAGCCUUCGAGUUCAUCCAGUUCAGCACCAUCCCCACAGAAUUUCAUGGCACCAUUUAUGGCGAGUCUCAGUGCAGAAGCGCCCUCGAAGAACGGCUGGAGCGUCGUCGUCAAGCCAGGAUCAACGGAGAGGAAUCGUUCGGAUACCGACAAGGAAGCAGAGUCUAGAGACACAACAGAGAAUGAGACACAGACUGAGAAAACUGAAUUUGAUCCUGAGAAUUUCAAGCCUCAACUCUUCGGGGGAUUCAAACCGAUCUACGAGUUCCCUGUAGACGACGCCGAACGAGAUGCAGCAACAAUGCCUGCAACAAGGACUGAGAGCUGACCUGGAUAUUCGUAAUCAGGUUUUGCGAAUGAAUAAUAGAUUAUUUAGACUUAAACCAUUUCAGUUAAAAUAUUUACCAUGGUCGAUGAGCGAUCCGGGCGAUCCUGGGAAUUAGCGACCGACAUAUACAAAUAAUCGCCCGGCGCUCGUUGCCCAAUAAACGGUAUAUUUUUUUGUUUAAGUAAUGAAAAGGUAAAUUGCCUGAACUUAGACAUUAAUUCGAGCCGCGCACUUCGGUGGUUGGGAGGAUUAAUAUAAUCUUCAGAUGGGAUUACGAAUUGUGCGUUGCUCGAGAUCGGUGAUUAUCAUUAUUAUUAUUAUUAUAAUUAGUCGAUCUUCGACGUUCCGGCAACGCUGGCCGGAUUGUCGAAUAUUCAACGUGAAGGCACAUGAUACUAGUUAAAUAUUUUUUUGCAUAAACAUGCACACAGACACUGACCCAUUCUCUCUAUUAGCAAUACUACACCCACUUGGUAUUUACGUAUUUAUUUAACGUCAAACGUGUACGAUAUGUCUCACUUAACAAUAUAACGUAACAUAGCGAUAGGACAGAGUAGAUAGAAGCUGUAUAUGUGCGGAAUAUAAAAAACUGUCUAUUGUGAGAUAAUCCAUUUGUUUCUUUAAAUAAAUAUAAUUGUUCAUCA